CGUUGGGGUAGCAUGGGGCGCACGUGUUCAAUGUUUUUGGUUCUUUACAAGUGUGUGUGUGUGCCGAUUCACGUCUGUGUUAAUUUGUAGUCGUACAAGCCGUUCUGCGUAAAGACGUACCCGUUGUUACCAUCGUUACCAUUUGGUGUGAUGAAGCGCUUGUGCGUCUUUGCACGUCGUUCACGUCACCUUAGCAGCCUAAACUCGUUUAGGCAGCUCUGUGCAGCAGCAAAACCAGCUUUUGAAGAUCUGUCACAUUCAAGCCGGAAAGAUUCUGAAGAUAAAAAGCACGUGUACAGAAAUUUGUACCCGUGGAAAUCGAAGGGCGAGUUUGUUCGGGAUUUGGCGGGUAGUAUAUUUUAUAACCAAGAUGGGCUUAUUGCGCUCAGCAAACCAUACGGGGUUCCCCUGAGCAUGAAUUUCCGCAAGGAAGGCCGAUCCCAAAGUAUGCUCAAGCAACGCCUUCACGUCUCGGGCUUCGGCGAGUCUCCUUACAGUCUAGAAGAUGCCCUAGAUGGCUUGGCGGUUCACUUGAAUGUCGACCAAAUUAUGAUCGUCAAAUCAGCUGAAAGGUAUGCUAGCGGUGUCACCAUUCUGGCGUCCAAUGAGCAAGCUGCACGAAGUGCUCAGAAAGCUGUGCUGCGAGCAAAGCCAAUGCAGAUACCAUAUACGACUGCUUGGAUAAUUGCGAAAGGCUACCCGGUGCGUGAUGAAGUCAAGGAAAAAGUUGCCAUAAAGCUUGUACCUGUGAAUGAAUCAGAAAAACGUGUGGAAGUGUUGCGCGAGUUCAGCAAAACUGCUUCAAAGACAAGGGUGGUGAAGGCUGUUCUUGUGGAGUGCCAGACUUUGAGCAAAAACACCAGCAUGGCCAUGAGCCUGCUUCAAGUGGCUGCAUCAAACGUACACAAGAGUUUUUUGCGUGCAUAUGUGGCCAACCUGGCAUCUUGUGUGAUGGGUGACUUGAGCCCCAAUGCCUGCCUCACCAAGUAUCAUCAAGGCCGGCCCUUGGUGCUGUCUCCUGUGGCAGCUGCUUCUGCCAAACCGCAGCCUCUUCCAGAUGCAGUCUGCAAGCAGCUGGGAAUCUCCAACACCCAGCAGCAAAUAGUGCCUGCCAUGGUGCACUACCGGAGCCUACUGUUGCCUUGGUACCAUGGAAAAGACCAGCACUUGCUCUUGAGUGACCCCACGCUGCCCAAACACUUCAGCUGGACCCUUGAGGCACUAGGUCUUCUGCCCGACUUGCACCCAAAGAAAUGACUCUUUCGUGUGGACGCGGCUGCUAUUUGAUUGUGCUACUGUCUAAGCACAAUAUGCGAGCCAACUUAUGUGUUUGGAAGGAAUGUGAAAUGGCUAAUUUACGAAAUGAAAUUGCCUGAUGACGACUGUGUACAUAGAAGGCAGUAAAAGUAGUUACAAAUUAAAUAUUGUGGUGCAUACAGGUAAACUAACAGGCUAUUUUUAGCCCUUUGACUGCCGUUGCUUUAUUGCGUAUUGGUUUUGCAAACAUUUUAUGCUGUAUAGGAGUUGCUUCUUUGUUAGUGGAUUUGUCUGAGUCAAAAUUUAAUAUAGUUAAUAAACUUUUUUUUUUAAUUGUCAAA